UUGGUCAGCUUGGGCUGUAUGCAAAUAGAAACGACUACGUCAGAUCCUGAACAUGAGCGCCAUUUUUUUCCUUCAAUAAGGGGAAGAAAGGGACAAAAGCUCACCAAAAGGAGCCUGCCUCUGGACGGGGGUUUAGCAAACGUCACCUUGCGCGUUUUUGACCACAGCUCUACAGAAAGCGGCGAGCGCGUGUUGACGGAGGAUGCUGCUUCCGGACGGGUACCUGUGAGCAGCGCUCGUGCCAGCAAACGCAGCUCCCCGACGCACGCACACACGCGCACACACACCGCACGCACGCACGCACACGCAGCUGGGGGGCCGUUGGAAGUGGAGACACGUCGGCCCGGUCGGGAGGAGGCGGCACGGCGACGACCGACGUCAACUGACACGGACGAGAAAUGGCCAACAAUUGAAUCGUUAUUAUUAUUCACGCAGAGACUGACGUGUGGAAUUGUGAAAAUCAGCUGUUGCACAGCUUCAGAGGAAUAAUGUAUCAGUGUCCAGUUGGAAAUAUUGAGAAGAUCCGAAAGGCGCGCAAGGCGGUGAAAAAUAUCCUUGGUGAGAUCGGCCUCGAAGACUGUCAGAACCUGCUGAAGGAUCUGAAUGAAAAGACUGAGAAAGACUCCGAUGAAGACGAGGUGUUUCAGGAAACCGCCUGGGUCGAUAUCACAGAUGGAUACAAUGUCAGACUACAGAAAAAGUGGCCUUAUAGGUCUCGAUCUCUGUGCUGCAGCAUGUGCAAGUACUCCUCGCAAAACAUCUACAACUUCAGGAGCCACAUCUCUCGUUGCCAUGGAUACCUGCAGUCGUUCUGCGCCCUGGCACCCUGUUCUAAGUGCCUCUACAUCGGACACCCCAAGUCUCUCAAGAAGCACAUGCUGUUCUUCCAUGCCACCUACAUACAACCGCAGAGGGAAGGGCCUCAACCCGCCCAUCGCGGAAAUGAGCGGUAUCAGUGUCGGAAAUGUGGCUUUCCGGCACCCUCUAUCUUCACGAUGAAGAAGCACAUCAUCCUUAAGCACCUGGACAGUGUAGCAGAACGGUAUAUCGGUUACAGAUUCCUCCUUCAAGGGACUACAUCUGUGAAGGUCUACUGCUGCAAGGUGUGCAAGGUGAACACUGGAAACCUCGACCAAAUGUUGCAUCACAUGCUGGUGGAGCCGUCGCAUUACCCGGUCAGCACCCAAGUGCAGAGUCUGAUUCACGAGAACAAGAACUUGACAGUUAAAGCGGCGCCCAAUGGGAGCGGCGUGUUUGUGACGUUCCCAAACAUUGCUCCUAAACCGCAGCAGCCUCAAAUUUUCAACAGUAAGUCCAUGGUUCUACCGAGUAAUGGCCAACCUGCUGGGACUAUGGUGGCCUUACAGCAGUUAGGAAGAACAAACAGUGCGACUCUUAUCUGUGCACCCGGAACCAACCAGGCGUUUCUGCCCCCUCAAGCGUCGGCGCUAGUUCAACUAGCUAGUGCUGAGGCCAAAGGUCUGCUCCAGCCUGGUGCCACGAUAGCCCUCCGAGGUGCUUUGCCUCAGGGGCCGGGGUCUAUGGUGCAGCUGCCUACGAUGUCCAACGUGUCUCUGAAACCGGCGCCUAUGGCUCUGGUUUCACCUCCAGCACAACAGCAGCAAAUUGUUUUCUCGUCGGGACUGCGGGCCAACGUGGCGGGCGUAUCGAAGCCAGCCGCAGACACGCGAAAUGCACCAACGAAACAAGUCGCCCUGCAAGGUACCAUGCUGACCUCACAGUCCCUGCUUAGUCACUUGAUCCCGACUGGCAACAAGAUGAAUGGCAUGCCCACUUACACGUUUGCUCCGCUGCAAGUAGCAAUGCCGGCCUCCCAGAGCUCAAGUUCUCCUCUCAAGGCUGUUGAGCAAACAAAGAACUCCGCCCCGCCAACUAAGAAAUGGAUUACCUGUCCCCUCUGCAAUGAACUUUUCCCCUCCAACGUCUUUGAUGUGCACACAGAGGUCGCUCACCAGCAAAAAUCUAACGCGUCCAAGUCAGAAAGUGUGGCGGCACAAGCAGCUUUCCUGAGAAAAAUGCCGGACAAGACUGUCAAAUGCCUCACGUGCAAAAUUCUACUCUCAGAAAAAAGCGUCUUCCAACACCUUCUGCAUGGCCUAAAUUGUUUGUACUGCUCCGCUUUGUUCUUUUCCAUCAAGCAGCUAGUUGAGCAUGUAAAGCAGCACAAUCCCACAAGCAAGACAUACUGUGAUUUUCUGAGGCAGAAGUACAGGGUCUACUCUAAAGGUAUUGGAGGAAUCCUGUUUCCUUACUUCGACGUCCACACCACCGCACCAAAAGAGGUCUUGGGAGAGACCGAGGUCAACCUGGCACUGGUCACAAAUUCCCUCGACCUGAUCUUCAUUAAGUUGCAGCCCAGCAGCCAGCCGGACAUCUGCACGGCGACGGCAAAAAUCAACAGCGCGUAUUGUCCCUUCUGUGACGAGAAGUUUCAGAGUGAGACCGAGCACCUGCAGCACCUGAAGCAAAAGCAUUUAGUGGCACCCACCAUUCACGCUAUCCUCAAAACAGAGGCCUUCAAGUGCAUAUACUGCAACGGCGUGUACACGGGCAAGGUCACCCAGCAGGCGGUGAUGCUGCACAUUCAGCGCUGCCGUUGUUCCCCGAAACAACCACAGCCAGACAAAGCGGCGGUGGCGCCGCCACAGCCGCAGAAACCCGUUCAGCAGUUUACGCAGCCCCUCUACUUUCUCCAAAUGUCACCGGGUAUGACCAUGAACCAGGCUCUGGCUCCAGCUCGGGUGAUUCAGGCUGCACCGGCCGCGCCCCCUGCCGCUGCCGCAGCAGCAGCAGCAGCAACAGCAGCAACAACAACUCGUCCCGAGACGGAAGCGCAGCUGAUGUCGAAGAAGAGGCUGGAGGCUGCGUGGAUGCAGGUGAUGGCGACCAACAAACGUGAGCGGGAACAAAAGGCGGCCAUUCGCAGGAAGCGCGAGCAGGACAAGCUGCGGCCGGCGGCGGCGCCGCUGCCGCCAUCACCGGCACCGGCUCCAGUGGCACCGGCACCCAUUGUGCUUCAGCUGGACCCCGCGGUGAAGCUGCUGCUGGAGCCCAACUCGGCCGAGUGCCGCGGCGGCGAGAGCCGCAAGGACUUCCUAUCCAAGUACUUCAACCUGAACCCCUACGCAAACCGGACAGAGACCGACGAGCUGUGCAAGAGGUUGUCCCUCACAAAGGUGGAGUUGGCGGGCCACUUCAGCAGGAAGCGCAGUAAGUGCAUGAAGAGCCUCAGGAGCAGCAAGGCCGCCAUAUUCCUCGGCUUCAACAUGACAGAACUGAGCAAAGUCGAGCACAAUCUCAUAAUCCCCGAACAGCGGCCCGCCGAGGCCUCGGAGCAGGCGGAGAGCGACGAGGACGAACCACAGCCGAUGGAUGAGAGCGGAAACGAGAAAGCUACCGACGGCGAGCCGGUGGAGCAGAUGGAAUAAGUCUGAAACCUGUGAAAAUAUCCCUAAUUAACAGCAAAACGACCUAGAUAGUUUGACGCGAUCAUACACUAGAGAACCACGCAGUGCAUACGUCACAUUACGGACAUGCGCGGUACCUGUAAUAGAGCGCAGUCUCUUAAUGUAGCCCACGUUAAUGGCGCUUUCUUUCACUUCAGUAGGUUAUCUGUGGUCCCUAUCCUUUAUAACACAAAUACAGAGAAUAUAAUAAAGAUCCAGAAUUGUCUGUGAAAUACAAAGGUGUCUCACUGGUGAGCUGCAACAAUUCCUAUCUGGUUACAAUAUCUUAUUUACAAAUGGCUACUGACUUCAACUGAAGCACUGACUUGCUCUUAAUAGCUGCUUUUUUGUUUUUUUUUCACCCCUAUUUGUAAUUUAAAUUCCUACAUCACUGCUUGUCUCCCACUAUCAGAAAUUUAGUUUACACGUCCACGCUCGGUUUAUUACUAUAUUGUGCUUUUCCGUUUUAAAAUAUUAUUUUGUCUUGCAUAUUUGGACCUAUGUGUGUUUUUUUGUUUUUACCAUGGUUACAUUUGGGAUUGAAAAUGUUUCUCGCUCACCAUCUCCGUUGCAGUUUUCUGAAACCAAAUAUUUAAGGGGUCAUGAAUUCUCCAUUUAAGAAGUUAAGGAUUAUAUAUUUCUGACCAUGUUGCUUUCAUGAGUUUGUCAGAUAAAACUGAUUUGUGCCAUUAUGAAAGUUUGCAUAGAUUUGAGGAAAUUUUCCCUAGAGAUCCAACAAAAUAAGUUAUUGGGUGGACACCAUAAAUAUUUUGCUCUACGGAGCGCAGUUCUUUUGUACUAGACUUGUAUUUUGUUGAGGAUUGAAAUUGCUAGAAGGGGUGCAAAUGAUCAUUCUGUUCAAGGCCACUGUGUUGCAUCAAAUUUAGUGGAUUCCUUUUAUGUGAAUUUCAUGUCAAUGUUUUUUAUUUCAUAACAUUAAAUUAAGCUGUAUUAAUGGACCCUGAGGACAUUUCCUCUUAUGUAUAACUAAAUAACAUCAGUAACGUCUUUUAUUUAUACAGCUUGAAAUAAAAGACAAGAUGUGUUUA